AUGGAAAAGGAUUGGUUAAUUGAAAGUUUAACAAUUGUUGCUUCUUUAAUAUUAUCAAUUGUAAUGGCUAGUCGUUUAAAAAAUCAAUGGAAAAAAUUGCUUACUGAUACAGUAUCAUCUGAUCAACAACAACAACAACAACAACAACAACAACAACAACAACAACAACAAGAGCAACAGCAGUCAUCAUCCAUACAGGAUAGUAGUGGUAGUAGUAGUAGUAGUAUUGCUACAAGUUCAACUGCAAGUUCAACUGCAAGUACAUCUGCAAGUCCACCUGCAAGUACAGUUGGAGGUGAAUUGUUUAGGUUGAAAGUAACAAAAGAAAAAUUAAAAACUAUUGGCUUACCAUCAAAUUUUCGAAAAAUGCGAAUGAAAUUUUUACGACAUAAAAAAGAAACGAUUGAUAGUAAAGAAGAAAAUACAGAAUUUGAAAAGGUGGCUGUACAGCAGAGACCAGCACGAAGUAAGAAGAAAAAACAAAAUGUCCUGAAAUGGAAGGAAGGUACAAAACCAAACUCUGUCCCUUCUGAAGAAGGCAAAGAGAAAAGAAAACAUCGACCUAAGAAAAUGAAACGACAAGAAAAAAAAAAGAAGUUGAAAUUAUCAAAAUCGCUUACUGCUGUUUCGCCAACUGAAAUUGAAAAGGAACAAAAAACAACUGAAAAGGAAACAAAAACGGUGGAAAAGGAGGAUACCGAUACUGAAAUGGAUACAGAAGAACAAACUGUUACUGAAGUUAAAGAUGAGGAAUCCGAAUACGAAGCAACAUUUGAUAGGAUUGAUAGGAAGAAGAAAGAAGUGACAUCAGUACCUAGUGCUAGUAGUAUGCCAGUUGGCUCUAAAACACCUUCCGAGUCAUCACUAGUAACUCCUCAAUUCAUACAGCAAUCUACGCCAACUAUUAAAGGCUCACAAGAAUACAUCGUACCACUUAUAAGUUCAAAUCAGGAAUCUGCCUACUUGGUUGCAGCAGAAGUGGCAGGUACAAGCAAUAUUAGUACCAGUGGUUCACAUAAAGCUGAUAGUUGUCCGGACGAUAUGUUUGAUGCUGAACCGGUCAUUCUGUCCACACCCGCAUGUCAAGUUCUUGGGAUCAUAAUGAACAAACAAUUGUUUAAAAAUGCUGCAGCAUCAGAAACGGAAAAUGAGUUAAUCCGGUUGUAUUUUGCUGGCAAAAUUCCUCCAGGACGUGAAAAAGAUGCUCAACAAACAUUGGAAAAAGCAGUUAGUCUAGCUGUAACAAGAGUAAAAUCAAGUGGAUUGAGUGAAGAUUUGUACAAUUUCCUAAAUAACAAUCGUAUAAUGGCAAUUAGUUUGAUGAUCGACGCGAUGAAAUAUCGAAAAAAAGAAUUCGUGCCUGAAUUCUGGACUUAUGACCAAAAGAACAAAAAAGAACCCUCAUCAGAGUCUUCCUCCUAA